AUGGCGGCAGACGUCGACGCCGGCCUCAUCAGCAUCCGCGCCGCCCACGGGCCCUCGGACAUCGACCACAUCAUCACCCGCCACGGCGCGCUGUACGCCUCCGAGUACGGCUGGGACGCCAAGCUCAUGGAGAAGCUGGUCGCCAGCACCUUCACCGAGUUCCUGGGGCCCUCGCACGACCGGACACGAGAGCGCCUCUGGAUUGCCGAGAGGGGAACCGGUGGUACUACUGCGGAUCAUCAAGCAACCUUCGUCGGCUGCAUCAUGCUUUUCAACGACACGGACGACCCGGCGCACCAGUCGGCCAUGCUGCGCCUGCUGCUCGUCGAGCCGGGCGAGCGCGGCAAGGGGCUGGGCAGACGGCUGGUGCGGCAGGCGGUCGAGUUCGCGCGCGAGGAGGCCGGGUAUCGCCGGGUUUUGCUGUGGAUGCCCGGCGAGAUGGCCGUCGCGAGGAGCAUCUAUCAGACCGAGGGCUUUGAGAAGUUGACCGAGGUGGAGCAUGAAGCUUUUGGGAAGAAAUCGACGGCGGAGUCUUGGGGGUUGAACUUUUGA